AUGGAUGCCAAUGCUGGCAAGUUGUAUUCCAGGUUCACAAAUCUGAAGCACCAGUUUACGAACCUCGAGACUUGGAUAGCUGUUGGUGGAUGGUCAUUCAACGACGAAACCAACCGACCCAAUACACGCACCGCCUUCAGCGAUAUGGCUUCGACAUCCGACAAUCGCAAGAAGUUCAUCGACUCUUUGAUCAAGUUCAUGCGAACAUAUGGCUUUGACGGCGCGGACUUUGACUGGGAAUAUCCAGGUGCAGACGAUCGUGGGGGCAGACCUGAGGAUGGUGACAACUUCGUACAACUUGUCAAAGAGAUGAAGGAGGCCUUUGGCGGUAGUUACGGCAUCUCAGUCACGUUGCCCGCGAGUUACUGGUAUCUCCGUCACUUCAAAGUGAAGGAGAUGGAGCCAUACAUUGGAUGGUUCAACGUCAUGACAUAUGAUAUCCAUGGUGUCUGGGACUCCAGUAACGAGAACGUCGGUCCCUACGCCCGCCCGCAUUCGAACUUGACCGAAAUCGAUAACGGACUGCAACUUCUCUGGCGAGCGAGCGUAAAGCCCGAGAAUGUUGUAUUGGGCCUGGGCUUCUAUGGAAGGAGUUUCACACUAUCUGAUCCAAGUUGUAACAAGCCCGGUUGUCCUUUCUCGGCCGGCGGAAAGCCUGGGAAGUGUAGUAAGGCAUCCGGAGUCCUGACGAACGCUGAAAUCAAGCGCGUCAUCAACGCGAAUGAUGUCACGCCGAUGUACGACAAGGCUGCUGCGGUGAAGUGGAUAACGUGGAAUUCGAAUCAGUGGGUAAGCUACGAUGACGAGACGACGCUGCAACAGAAACGGAACUAUGCCGAAGAGAAUUGCCUCGGCGGCACCAUGAUCUGGGCCAUCGAUCAAGAUUCGGCGGACGGAGAUUCGAUGAACGAUUUCCUGGGUACUGCCAACGCCGGUAUAUUUGCCGAAGAUGCCGUGAGCGCGCCUUUGAAACUCAAGAAAGCGAUCAAAGAAACACAACAAGGCAUGGCGUGCUACACCAGCUUCUGCAAUACCCAAUGCCAAAAAGGGUUCGUAGCUGUGACCAGUGCCAGAGGUCAGGUCCCCGAUUUCCAGUUCGAUACUUCGUGCAAGGGCGAAACUUUCCGGGACGGCGGACAGUUUAUCUGCUGCCCAAGCUCUGCUUUGAACAGCGACGACAAACCGGGCAAGUGUGAGUGGAGAGGGUACAAAGGCAGUGGUUUCGCCUGUCAGCGUGGAUGUAAUGACGACGAGAUCGAAGUUGCCGCAAACAGUGCGGUAGCAUCACAAGUCACAACACCAUUUGGAAGUUUCGUCCAAGUUGCGCACACAUGCACCGGAGGAUCGCAGAGUUAUUGUUGCUCAAACUACGAUCUCACUAUUAUGGCAGGCUCGCCUGCCAACGUACUCCAGACCAACAAUUAUCAAGCUAUCUCUGCGAAGGAACUUUCAACAAGGGAGAUCAGGGCGCGGGCCGCCGAACGAGGGCUUUGGGUGCUCGACGGCGAAACUAUCGACCCGACCGACUACGGAGGCUCAGCACUCUCCAACUCAGGAGCCAUAGAAAUCACCGAAUUGUACAGCGGAGCAUCAGGCCUAGACUUCGUCGCUGGAUAUGGCACGGGGAGAGGGCAGCGUCAGAAGGCCGGGGCCUCCAACCUACAAGGAGGCGGUGGGCGUAUCCAGAAGCCCAAGCCCGCAAAGCCGAAGCGUCCGUACAAGCCCAAGUUCGAUGCUGAUGGGAACAGGAUAUUAGGGAGAUACGUGAAGAAGGAAUUUGACCCGAAGAAGGAUUCCGACUGCUUUGUCACCUACACAUGCAAUUACGGGUUAGGCUGGGACGAAGUCUGCGAUAAUCAACGUUAUGGCGUUACCGAGAUACUCGGAGGUCGCACGUCUUACAACAUGAAGACUCCGUCCAUUUCCGAACAGGACCGCAAGCAGACAACUUGGUCCCGUGAUCAUCACCCCAACUAUCAUCAAUGGGGUACGACGAUAGGACAGAUCGACGGUACGCAGCGAACACGGUACUAUUGCGAAGCAGAUGAGUUUCCUCAGAACGCCCUGCAGGAAGCGUUUGGUGUGGAUGCCCCCCAGGCGAUACGGGAAGUAGACGGCAUCCAGAAUGCUGCCCAUGGUCAAGAUUUCUACCAGUGGAAGGGGGCAGUAUGGACUCCAUGCAGUCGCUUACGAUCGGUGUUGGGUAAGGCUCAGCCACCCGUCACAUGGGCCUUCGACAUGGACUCGGUUGAUGCCGAUGAUGCCCGCCUGGACAAUGCCGCUGGCUUCAUAGCCCAUUAUGGUUUCAAUUCGAUGGACCCACCUGAUCGAUGCUUUGCUCGAUUUACAGCCGGUGGUCGUGGAGUUACCAUCAGUGAUCACGGAUUCCGCGUCGAUAAUGGAGACACCAUGUUCUAUCCUCCCCUUGAUUGGAACAACGGGAAUAAACAGAACUGGAAAAGGAACCCACUCACACUUGGGCCCCUUGAUCUACCUACGGACGUGGAUAGUGCCAACUAUUUGCGAAAGCGUACACUGCUCCCAGAUGUGGAACUACACGAGGCCCUUAUCGAAGCGCAUCUAUGGGACUCGCCUCCUCCACCCGAGCCGACGCAUCUGGAUUGCCCUCCAUCCAGGAUCAGGCGCGCCAUGCUGCAGCUUGACGCUGCCUCGCCUGCUUCACGACCAGCGUCGAGCGUGCCAAUCCAAAGUGGCGUCGUCGAGAAGGAUGAGAUCAAGAAAGAAAAUAAUCAGAGGGGUUUUAGUGAAUGGCGGAACGCUACAAUAAUUGACUCGGAUGGUGCGCAAUGA